AGAUUGUUAACAAACUAGAAGCAAUGAUUGUGUUCGUGCUUUCUCUGUUAUUUUGCCAGUGCAUUGCAAACCAACUAAAUUUUGAGAUCGGUGUAAUCGAAAAAGGUACAAGAUAUAUUCAGAAAGUUCAAACCAAUCUGUACACGAAUCAUGUCUACUACUCUACACCUGCACACAACGACAUUGCGGAAUCUCACAAAAUACAAGAUUUCAAUAAGGGAAUGCAGAUAACAUGCAUACCGUCACUUCAGGAAUGCCAUCUCAUGAGUAUUGACACAACAACAUAUCAGAAUGCUGGAAAUUUAACAGAAUCUAUUGUUCAUAUGUGGAACAAUGGUAUUAACACUAUCGUAGAUGAGAAUUCAACACUGAUUCAACAACAUGUCACACUAUUUGGAACGGAAAUAAUUAACACAGCGUUUCUUAGUCAAGAGAUGAGAAAAAUGUUACAAACAUUCAGAUAUCCUUUAUACAGAACUAAGCUUAUUCCUGAUGGUGCAGCAAUCGUAAACUACCCUUUAAAAGCUAACCAUACGCUCUCUGGAAGAUCUAUCCAAUCGCAACCCCUUAUAAAUCAUGGCAUCUAAAUUCCUAACUGGUCCAACCUGUCAUGGAGAUCUUGAAGUAAACUAUGGUUACACGACAAAAUACUGCGAACAUAUCUUUCAAUGCGAGAGAUCAUGUCAAGCUCUCCACGCUGGAAUGAACGUGAUGAUGAAGUGUUAUUGCUGCCCAGGAUUUAGAACCUUAGAUGAUAAAACUAAGUGUAUGUGCAGUAGAUAUCAAUAAUAAAUUU